GGAAAGCAAAUGAGAAAACGACAGGUUGGAAGAGAAUGAUUCAAGAGCCUCUUGAUAAUCGACGGUGAAGAGAGUGUGUGUGAAGAGAGAGGAGGCACACCGAAAGGGGCUUCAUUCCAACCUCUCAUCUUCAGUUCCUGAGCCGAUUGGCCUGAGGUCCCCCAUCACUGGGGUCGUCAUUGGAACUGCGUCUCACGAUGGUGUGCAGUGCUCCAAACAGGCUCUGUUCAGAAUGGCUCCACAGAGCAGGGAUUGUAUUAACCUGAGGAGGACCACUCUCACACAAGGGUCUUAAGCAACACAAGGACAUGAGGCUCAGCUGAUCAGGAAAUUCUCUAUGCAGUGACAGAUGUGUGGCCCCUCCUCUCCCCAGCAUCAGCUGUGGCUCUGCUUGCUUCCACGGACUUCAGAGCAGCCAUAACUCGUCACGCCCUCGUCCUACAGGUGACUUUCGGAGGAGAGAGGGAGGCGCCGGCUGUGCCAAUGCGCAUUCCUAAGCUUCUGAAAGGAGGUGCCGAGGGAAUUGGAGGGAACUCUGGAUUGAUGAGGGUGCUGGAGAAUAGAGUGUGAGCUGCUUUCUUCGACUCCACCUGAGAACUGGACUCCUUAAUUAGUUCAUUCUCUCAGACUCUCAAACUCAACUUAUUCUGGAGGACUUUUUUUUUUUUUUGUAUCAGUCUAAAGAAUUUCAUAUCUUUUUCAUAUCUUUUACAUGAGGAAGGAUUCAUUGAGGAACCCAAGAGCAAUAAUGCAGAGGGUAGAGUGAAGUGGAAAAGGAAAGCAGGAAGCAUGUUGAAGUGUUUGUGUGUUUAUAGGAGGCAGAGAAGACCUGUGCAGCAAUGGGUGAGAGUUUUUGCCAAGGGCUGAGAAGAAGAGGCAGCUAAAAAAUUAGUGGACAACUGAGGCAACAAUGUGUGUGCGGGAGAAUGUGUUUGUGUGUGAAUGUGUGUGAGAAAGUGUGUUUAUGUGUGAUUGUCUCUUGGAGAGCAUAAUUCGAAGAAUUGGCCAUUAUUGCUGUUUCCUCAUAUUUUUGUGUUGGAGCCGGCAGGGUCAACAUAACCACCGAAGUAGAAGUGACACUUGUCUUUUUUGUCACUGUAUUUUUAGCUUUGGUGGUCACUGGUGGUGUUUUUCCCCCCUCUGAGUACUUAAGCUCAUAAAAAACUACAUUUGUCCUGUCAUAAUGGAUUAUUACAAAAAUCACAGCUUGUGAAGGGCCCCUCAGAUGGAUCUUUUUUAUCUUGAAUACCUACUCCCCUAAACUCUCCACGGCAGUCCAUUUCUGUGACUCUCAACCUGUCAUUCUGGAAGACGUUGCAAUUCCCCGGAGGACCGCAUUCACUUGUUACCACAGCAAUCUAUGGCACCCUCUUCCUGACAAGGUCUGCUUCAUUCUGGGGUGCUAUAGGCAGCAGAAGGCAUCUCCAUGAGGAGCGGUAGAAGAUGCCGGAACUGCCAGCGCUCCUGCUGUCGAUUUACUUCCAAUUCCUGUUAGUUACUGUGCUUACCAUGCCGCCUUCUUCCCUGAGCCAGUCCCCUGUUCUGUCAUCCGUUCGGAUGGCGGCAAUUCUGGAUGACAGCUCUGUCUGCGGGCGUGGGGAGCGUUUAGCUUUAGCAUUAGCACGUGAGAACAUUAACAGUGUAAUGGAGAGCCCAACUCGUGCUCGUGUGGAAGUUGACAUCUUUGAACUCCAGAAAGACUCGCAGUAUGAGACUACAGAUACAAUGUGCCAGAUUCUGCCAAAGGGUGUGGUCUCUGUGAUUGGCCCCGCCUCCAGUCCCGCCUCUGGUUCCAUAGUCAGUCACAUAUGUGGGGAAAAGGAGAUCCCACAUGUUAAAAUUGGUCCAGAGGAGACUCCACGACUUCCUUACCUGCGCUUUGCAUCUGUGACUCUGUAUCCUAGCAACGAAGAUCUGAGCCUGGCCAUUGGAGCCAUCCUAUGCUCUUUCAGCUACCCAUCGGCUAGUCUGGUUUGUGCUAAGGCCGAAUGUCUGCUGAGGCUGGAGGAGCUGAUAAGGCGUUUUCUGAUCUCUCGCGAGACGCUGUCCAUCAGGAUGCUGGACGAUAACCUUGACCCCACUCCAUUACUGAAGGAGAUUCGUGAUGACAAAAUAGCUACAAUAAUUAUUGAUGCUAAUGCAUCUAUAUCUUACCUUAUACUGAAAAAGGCAUCAGAGUUGGGAAUGACAUCAGCAUUUUACAAGUACAUUCUCACCACUAUGGACUUCCCAUUGUUGUGGUUGGAUGAUAUAGUGGAUGAUCAGUCCAAUAUUGUGGGCUUCUCAAUGUUCAACACCUCCCACCCAUUUUACCUGGAGUUUAUCAGGAGCCUUAACCUGUCCUGGAGAGAGGGCUGUGAAAUGAACCCAUACCCUGGACCAGCACUGUCAUCAGCACUGCUGUUUGAUGCGGUUCAUGUGGUGGUGAGUGCAGUGCAGGAACUGAACCGCAGUCAGGAGAUUGGCGUCAAACCUCUCAGCUGCACCUCUCCUCAAAUCUGGCAGCACGGAACCAGCCUCAUGAACUAUCUGCGAAUGGUGGAGUAUGAUGGAUUGACAGGUCGAGUUGAGUUCAACAGCAAAGGCCAGAGGACAAAUUACACUCUCCACAUCCUGGAGAAGCACAGGGGAGGCCACAAAGAGAUUGGGAUCUGGUACUCAAAUAACACUCUGCUGAUGAACUCCACCAUUCUGGACAUCAACGUCUCUGAAACUCUGGCCAACAAGAGCCUCAUCGUCACCACCAUAUUGGAAAACCCGUAUGUGAUGAGAAAAGUGAAUUAUCAGGAGUUUGAGGGGAACGAGCAGUAUGAGGGGUUUUGUGUAGACAUGUUGAGAGAGCUAGCUGAUAUCCUCAAGUUCACCUUCCACAUUAAACUGGUGGAUGAUGGACUGUAUGGGGCACCUGAACCCAAUGGCUCGUGGACGGGCAUGGUGGGAGAGCUGGUCAACAGAAAAGCUGAUUUAGCAGUAGCUGCUUUUACCAUCACGUCUGAGAGAGAGAAGGUCAUUGACUUCUCAAAACCCUUUAUGACCUUGGGCAUCAGUAUUCUCUACAGAGUCCAUAUAGGCAGGAAGCCAGGUUAUUUCUCCUUCCUGGAUCCCUUCUCACCGGCUGUUUGGCUCUUCAUGCUGCUGGCUUACCUUGCUGUCAGCUGUGUGCUUUUCCUUUCUGCUAGGUUGAGUCCGUAUGAAUGGUAUAACCCUCACCCAUGUCUGCGUGAGUGCAGAGACCUGCUGGAGAACCAGUAUACUCUUGGAAACAGCCUGUGGUUUCCUGUAGGGGGCUUCAUGCAGCAGGGAUCUGAGAUCAUGCCCCGAGCCCUCUCCACACGAUGCGUUAGUGGGGUCUGGUGGGCAUUCACUCUCAUAAUAAUCUCCUCAUACACAGCCAAUCUGGCUGCGUUUCUGACCGUGCAAAGAAUGGAAGCACCAAUCGAAUCACCUGAUGACCUGGCUGAUCAAACCAACAUCCAGUAUGGCACCAUUCAUGGAGGAAGCACCAUGACCUUUUUUAUGAACUCUCGUUAUCAAACGUAUCAGCGGAUGUGGAACUACAUGUACUCUAAGCAGCCCAGUGUAUUUGUGAAGAGCACAGAGGAAGGCAUUGCAAGAGUCUUAAACUCCAAGUAUGCCUUUCUUCUGGAGAGCACCAUGAACGAGUACCACCGCAGUCUCAACUGCAACCUCACCCAGAUCGGAGGCUUGCUGGACACCAAGGGUUACGGCAUUGGAAUGCCACUGGGUUCCCCAUUCAGAGAUGAGAUUAGUCUGGCAGUGUUGCAGCUGCAGGAGAAUAACAGGUUGGAGAUCCUGAAGAGAAGGUGGUGGGAGGGUGGGCAGUGUCCCAAAGAGGAGGACCACCGUGCCAAAGGUCUUGGGAUGGAGAACAUUGGUGGUAUAUUUGUGGUUUUAAUCUGUGGGCUGAUUAUUGCUGUGUUUGUGGCUGUUAUGGAGUUUGUGUGGUCCACACGCCGAUCAGCUGAAACAGACGAGGUACGGCCUCUCUCCUGCGACCGCCCAUAUCACAGUCACAAUACAAUGUCGGUGUGUCAGGAGAUGUUGACGGAGUUCCAAAACGCUGUCUCUUGCAAGAAGAGUUCACAUCUGCGCCGCCGUCGACCCCUUUCCAGCUCUUUGGCCCUUCGUCACCCCACUCGCAUUACUCUAGGGGCCCCGCGCCCUCUGCGCCUUGUCAGAGAGAUGCGCCUUAGCAAUGGAAAGCUCUACAGUGGUACUGGACCCCUAACAGGAGGUUCAGGGGCUGGAGGAGCCCCCCCUGACAUGGGUCCAGGGCCUCAACGACUCUUGGAGGGCCCGUUAAGUGCCAACAGCACCCCUGCAGCAGCCCUGGGUCCACCUGCAGUGACAGUGCCUCUGCCACGGGGCUGCACUCAUGUGCGCAUCUGCCAGGAGUGCCGGCGUAUCCAGAGUCUCCGCACAACCACCUGCACACGCAUCCCUCCCUCCUCAGCACCUUUGCCUCGCCUGGCCCUGCCCCCUCCACACUCAUCAUCCAAUACAGACAGCGAAGGUGGUGGGGGGCACAGCCCUUGCCGGAUAGGCCACUCCCCACCAGCAAAAGGCUGCACUUUAGCCCCACCUCAGUCUAGCAUCAAAACAGACUUACUGGGAGAGCAGAAAUGAGACAUAGAGAA